AUGCGCCUGUCCAACCCUUCAGCCCUCGCGGGCCUCCCUUUCACCUCCCUGAAACGAUUCUAUUCUUCAUCGCGCACCGUCCAAAAAAAUGACGUCCUCUUCCUGCGCCAACAGGGUAUUAAAGCUCCCAAAUGGCAUCUUUCGUCUCCUCUCCGCGCCGAUACGAAAAUAAGACUUGGCUAUGGUGCCUCUAUCAAUUCGUCCGAGCUCAUUGGUCGCCAGGUGCUUGAUGUUGUGAAUGAUAGCUCGGGACGCCCUGUCACUCUUCAUGAACCGACAUUGGCUUCAUACAUCAUUAACAGCCCUCGACAAGCCACACCGAUCUAUCCCCACCAUGCGAACACCAUCGUGUCGCUCCUCGAUUUAAACCUUUCCCGGCCUGGUGAAGAGGAACAUGACGCAGAUCCCAAUCACCCGGCCCAGCCGUUUGAGAUAUUUGAGGCUGGUACUGGAAUGGGGAGCUUAACGCUACAUCUCGCUCGUGCUCUUCAUGCAGCAAAUCCAGCUGUACCUCCAAGCCUGCGAAACACCCUUUGCACGGCACGCUACAGGACUGAUGGGUUUGGUCUUGAUCUGACCGACGAGGACCAGGCUGCCCUUAACUCUUACCGGUCCAGCCGUCGCGCCGUGUUACAUACCCUUGACCGGAACGUUAAACACUCGCGCGCAGCGCAUAAACUGAUUCGCCACUUCCGCCGCUCUUUGUACUUUCCUACUAUAGACUUCCAUGUCGGCUCCGUAGACGAGUAUAUCUCAUCCCGUCUGGCUGAGACGGAUAACCAGCCUUUUUUGUCUCAUGCAAUUCUCGACCUCCCGUCCGCUCACGACCACGCUUCCCAGGUUAUUCAGGCCCUUCACCCUAACGGCCUUCUUGUCAUUUUCACACCCUCCAUUAGUCAAAUCGGCGACUUCCAAACCUGGGUUGCUCGCACAGGCCAGCCCAUGCGCCCUGAGAGGGUAAUUGAACUUGAGGUUUCGACAACGGCCGACGGUGUUCUUGAUACUGGUGGUGGCAAGGAGUGGGAUGUCAAAACCGUUAUCCCCAGAGAAAACCCUGAGGGCGCUGCAGUGCAGGUCAUGCGACCUAAGGUGGGUGAGCGAGUCACUGGUGGUGGGUUUGUAGCUGUUCUCAGGCGAUGGCCUGUUGAUCAAAUACGCCCCCAAGCUGAGUCCUCUACACAGGAGAGUUCUUCUGAAGUUGAGUAUGAAUUUGAGGAUGAGGAAGCUUCUGAAGCUGAGGGAAAACCAGAGGUUGAAGAAACUACUCAAGCUGAGGGCACGGUGGGGACUGAGCCAGCGAAGACUGAAUGA